GAGUGAUUUGGCGUUCAAUCCGAGUGGGUCGCGAAGAAUCUUCUCUAGGCUACACUACCACAAGUACCUUUAUCCUUCGCAUUCACGCGUUGCGACUCAGUGAGUGACGAAGCGGGGUCAACUUUUUUCCUUUCCGCAGAGCCAGCAGGACCAACGACCUCCUCGCUGCGGCGGCAUGGAAGGUCGAAACGAAGGUGGUGCGGUGCGACCCGACGCCCAUGACAGCUGUGCUGAUGCACGUCGACACAGCCUUGUGGACAGAUCCGCACUAAUCGUGAUUCGUGAUUGUAUGUAGUUGCCCAUCCAUGCAGCAUGACGAUUCAGUGAUUCAGACACGAGCAAUUAGGAGGCCGGAUCGGCGAGUGGAAAGUAGAGGCUGCAAAUCGGGUCUGGUGCGAGUCAAGAGUCAAGUGGCCUCAUCUCCCUCUUGCCAAAUAUAUAACCGCGCUCGGUCCACGUUGUCGCUGACCGCAUUCCUGUCCAACUGACCAUCGCGUCCUACGUCCUCCUACCACUUCCUG